CAGAUACAACAAACGCAACAGUCCUCUCCCACACCUCAUAUACAUGUGCAAAACUACGCCUCCUCCCCACAGACGCUUCAAGCCGAGAAGCCAGCAGCCUUGCGGAGCCAAGCACACCUCGCCCGGCCCCAACAACCCUAACCAACCGCCGUCUCCUCGCUAUGCAGCAACCGCCGUGCCGCCACGCUUCGCCGGCGGCGUCGCUCUGACGUACUCCGUCGUCGGUCGUCGUCGUCGUGUCUCGUGUUGGAGCCCUGCGAGCGAGCGGUUCUUGGACCGGACGUCGGGACAGGGGAUCGAUGGGGGUCCACCUUCUGAAGAAACAGCACUCGUCGGCGUCGAUGGGGAGCUCCAGCGGCCGGUCGUCGUCGAUGCCGCCAAAGGGUUGCAUGGCGGUGCGGGUGGUGGGGCCUGGCGGCGGAGAGGAGGAGGAGCGGUUCGUGGUGCCGGUGGGGUACCUGAAGCACCCGCUGUUCGUGGCGCUGCUCAAGGCGGCGGAGGAGGAGUACGGCUUCGAGCAGAAGGGCGCCAUCACCAUCCCCUGCGGCGUCGACCACUUCCGCCGCGUCCAGGGCAUCAUCAACCACCAGAAGAACCACGGCCACUGUCUCAUCUCCGGCGGCGGCCACCAUGGCUCCGCAGGGCACCACAACAACCACCACCACUUCCACAUCGUGGGGUGCUUCCGCGCCUGAUGGGGAAGGGAAGGGAGAUCGAUGCAUGGCCAUGGAUGGAUCUGGCAGAUGCUGCUACUUCUCGUUCCCCUUGAGUGAAUCGACCGAGGAACAAUCAUAGUACUUAUUUAGGAUUCUCUUGUUUAGGAUUUAGAUGCAAGCCGGUGAUGAUCGAAGGAUCAUGGUUGCUUGAGUAGUUUAAAUCGUGGAUCUGCAGGUUUGGACGUAUGGAUCUAUCAUUAAAUUUUUUCUCUAGGUUUUUCUGAUGAUGAUGAAGAAGUUCAAAGGAUCAUGCAUGUUUCAAUGCUUAGACUUUGUGUUGUCUUUAAUUUCCCUCUUGUUAUUCUUUCUCUUUUGUGAAUACUAGCUAGUACCAGUUGUUGACA